UCUUCCAAAGCUAACAAGACACUGUGUGCAUCUAAAUCUGCGGAAUAUACACAGACCACACAUGGCAGACUCUCCUUUAAAUCAUUCCUGGCCAUCUUUUUCAAAAUUAUGGAUGAAACGGUGGUCUUUUAAGCGAGAUUGCAGACCACGUCAUAGAAAGUGCAAUAGUGUGUCUGGUUCACAAUGUGCCACAUUAAAAACGACACUGACACCACUGUCUAAUGAAAAUCAGAUCUUCCUUGACAUAUCAGCUGAAGGAAAGGAUGACUCAUCAGACACCGAAGAUCAUGAUACUGACUUUAACAGCAGCACGGAAGACAUUCAUUGCCUUGAUUCAUCUCUUUUAACUAGUGAGUUUUAUAAGGAUCUGGGAUUUCCUGACGGUAGUGAGGCUGGUAUUUUACAGGAAACUUUGACUCAGAAUCAUCCAGGCAGUGGAAAAAUGCACAGAAAUAAAGAAGUGGAUUUCAGUCAAGUAGAAGAUACUGGUUUUUACCAUGGAUGUCUCCCUCAUCAAAAAAACUUUGGAAACAAUAAUGACAUGACAUUACCUGGUGGACCACAGGAUUUUUCUUGCAAAGAUGUUAUCAGGCCCAGAUUCUUAGACCUGGAACCAAUACAGGCCACUGAUACAGAUGAAGAGUCGUAUCCUACACUGGUAAGAUCCAUGUCUACGUCCAGAAGGCACAGCUGGGACGCACCCAUGACCCCUGUGGAUGGUGGACGAAGGUUCAGCCUUGACCUAUUACAAGCUGAAAGUGAUGGGGAGAGAGAGGACAGCAUUUCACAAGAGCUAUUGUCUGAGUCCACAUGUGUCCCUGUAGACAGCCUGGAAGUUCUAACCAAUGAGGAAGAGUUGGCCGAAGAUCAUGAAUGUGGCACAAGACAGGAUCACCCACAGAACCCCGAGGCUUCAAGCAUCUCAAGAAGACGAAGAUCCAACUCAGUCAUUCUCAUGUCAGAUAAAAUCAAACCAUCUUGGACGUCUUGCAGCCUAGACAUUUCUUUCACUGGAAGUGAAGGUUCUAAAACAUCUCUCCUGGAAGACAGUACAACAGAUUUUGUAGAAUCUUCUCAUCUUUUAAUUGUGCAGCAGGUUCUUCAGGAACUAAAGGAGUAUCAUGGAGCAAAUUUUCCUGUGGGACAAGAGUCAUCAUCAGAUCUGACUUGGUUUGAAUUCCUUUCCAAUGAAAAUGAAGAAAGCGACAAAAGUGAGAAGAGCGAAAAGGGGACAAAAGUCAAACGCAGAUUAAGCAAUCUGAAGAACCGAGUAACUGGAUCUUGGCAAAAGGACAAAGAGAAGGAGAAGGAAAAAGACAAAGAGAAGAAAGAAAAAUGUAAGGAAAAAGAACCAAAGGAGAGGGGGAAGCUUGUAAGCGGCCAUCACCUGGUGCCAGGGACCUUUUCCAUCUGUGCUCACUGCUCACUGUGUGGCAAACUUCUAAUGAAUAAAAAUGGCUUGCAAUGCCUGAACUGUGCAGUAAAUGUUCACAGGAACUGCAAGAAUCUGUUGGCCGAAUGUAGCAGUACCAAACCUAAGUUGAGAGAGAGCAGGUCAACUGGACCUCCGCCGAGUGCAGCUCUGCAAUCUCGACAAGCCUCUUUGAAGGAGCAUUCUCGGAGUGUCCCCUCGGGACCUAAUGGCAUCUCUGCUUCUCCUAAAAGUGGCGGCAUGACCAUCCAGCAACACAGAGCUGCUCAACUGACUUUAAGCACUGCUGCUGAUGCAAACAUGGCUGGCCUGGUGUCUGGGUUUAUCUCUCUUGGUCCAGCAGGCUUUGUGCUUUUCCGUUCCUCGUCUGAUGAGCUGUACAGUUUUAAAUCAUCUACAAAAAGAAGUUGUUUUCUGGGAGAUGCAGUGUAUGCAGCUCUAAGAACAGAAAUAGAAACUGAUGCUCAGGAGUUUGAAGUGGAGUCCUGGAGCCUUGCUGUUGAUCAGGCAUAUGCAAAGCAGUGCACAAAGGAAACUCGAAAACGACAAGAUAUCAUAUAUGAGUUUAUGCAGACGGAGAUGCACCAUGUUCGAACGUUGAAGAUCAUGUUGAAUGUAUACAUUCGGGCCAUGAAGGAAGAACUACAGUUCACUGACAGAAUGCUGAACAAAAUCUUACCUUGCGUGGAAGAUCUUCUGGAGCUCCAUAGUGUUUUUUUGGCUAAACUCAAAGAUCGGCGGGCAGAAUCUUUGGAGGAAGGAAGUGAUAGGAAUUACAUUAUCCAAAGAAUUGGGGAUCUUCUUGUGCAACAGUUUUCUGGUGAUGGAGGAGAAAGAAUGAAAGAAAAAUAUGGAGAGUUCUGUAGUCGGCAUAAUGAAGCUGUCAGCCAUUAUAAGGAACUACUUCAACAGAAUAAAAAGUUUCACAAUUUAAUCAAGAAACUAGGACAUUGUUCCAUUGUAAGGCGACUUGGAGUUCAGGAGUGCAUUCUUCUGGUGACCCAGCGUAUCACAAAAUACCCUGUUCUGGUGGAACGUCUUAUCCAAAGUACAGAAGUGGAUUCUGAAGACCAUGAAGACCUUACUCGAGCCCUCAGCCUCAUCAAGGAUGUGAUUACACAUGUAGAUUCAACUGUCAACAAGUAUGAAAAGGCACAGAGAUUGAAAGAAAUAUUUAACAAAAUGGACCCCAAAUCUGUUGGAAGACUCACAAAUGGCUUUGUUUUCCGAAAGGAGGCUAUGUCUCAGGGCAAGCAACAGCUGUUAUAUGAAGGCAUAGUUUACUGGAAAGCAGCAUCGGGGCGUCUCAAAGAUACCCUUGCAGUACUUCUGACUGAUGUGUUGCUGCUCCUACAGGAGAAGGACCAAAAAUAUGUUUUCGCAUCAGUGGAUUCGAAGCCACCUGUCAUAUCAUUGCAGAGACUAAUUGUGAGAGAGGUGGCUAAUGUGGAAAAGGCAAUGUUCCUUAUUAGUGCAUUAGAAGGUCCAGAAAUGUAUGAAGUUCACACUAACUCAAAAGAAGAGAGAAACACCUGGAUGGAGCACAUCUGGGAAGCUGUAGAAAGGUGUACUGAUGCAAAUGAGGGAAUAUUCUAUGAGCCUGAGGAAGACAGGAAGCAGGCUGAAUUGCGAGCAGCUAAGUUAAGAGAGUUCCAAGAUCGGUUAAGUUUGAAGGAUAAGUUGAUUGCCCAAAGUCUGAAUGAAAAGCUACAGAUUUAUUCUGAAAUGUCAGAAAUUAAUGGACCUGAAAAUGUUGGUCCUGGGGCACGUUCCAGGGCUUUACUUCGUGGAGAUUUAGAAAAUCUGCAAGGAGAGUCUCUCUUAAAAGCUGCAGUCACAGAGGUUGAAAACCUACAGAACCUUCUUGCAUCCAACCUUUUUACUUCGAACUGGCAGCAACCAGAAGAAUGCCGGACAUCCAGUGGAGUGCUGAAGAGAGCAGAUACAUUUGGGGGAUAUGACAGUAGUCCUGUAGUGUCAGACAACGAUGCUAAUAUCAGUUCAGGAGAAAGGAGAAGCCACCGGACAAGCUCCGUACCCCACCUUCAGAGUCCAGAAGUUGAUAGCUCUUUCAUGGAGGAAGUUAUUGAGUCAGACAGCAGUCUUAAUUCGGUGGAACCAGAGAUUUGUCAGAGAGUGAAGAACCUGUCCCAACUAUUAUACAGCCUUAAGGCCGUGGUGACACAGCAGGACAGUUACUUAGAGAUGCAGAAAGCUCAAGAAAAGCUGUAUCGUUUGCAGUCAACAAGAGGGGGUUUGCUGCUGGAGCAGGAAAAGCAAAGGAACUUUGAGAAACAGCGUGAAGAACUUGUAAAUAUACAGAAGCUUCAGAAACAAUUCGAACAGGAUCAGCAACGAUGGGAACGAGAGAAGGAACGUCAGCAGCGUGAACAUGAUGCCAAAGAAGCACAGCUACGGGAACAGGAAGAGGAGUGCCGAAAGUUAAGGGAACAGUUAAAUCAACAAAAGAAUGAACAGGAAAAGCAACGAGCAGAUUAUCAGCAUGACCUUGAGCGACUCAGGGAAGCACAGAGAGCACUUGAAAAGGAAAAAGACCGCCUUGAGCAGCAGCAGAAAUUAAAAAAGUCUAGUACUGUAACAGCACGUAUGCUUCCAUCUGAAGCAGUAAGGGGUCAAACUCUAAGUUAUUCUUCAAGUCUUAAUGGAGCUGGAACACUAAGCAGUGAUGGGCUUAAUCGAUUCUCUGGGAGGUCAAACUUAACAAAAACUGGAGUAGAUUACCCAGAACGCCCUGAAGUAGUACGGCGUGAUAGUGGCUCUUUAAGUUUGAAAAAUGAAGUGCCACCCCAUUUGCUGAGCACAACCAAUCAGAUUCAGAAGCCAGCAGCAGUUCAGCAAAAGAUCCCAACAAAGCUGGCCAUCGCGGGUAAAAAAGACAAGAAUGUAAAAGGCAAAGCUUCACACCGCACAGAAAGUUCAGCAUCUGCUAUUCUAAAGCAACAUAUUCCCGUAAGACUUUCUGGGAAGGAUGAAAGCAUUCUUAAACAUAGUCCUUCAGCAGCUUCUGUACCCUCAAGUAACCAAACCAGUGUUAAAUUACCAGAAUCUGAAAACCAACACGAUCCUAAUGCGUCACAACAGUUCAGGUCGAACAGCCCACAUAUGAAGACAGCACCUUUAUUGCCAGAUGUGCCACAGACCCAGACAGACAUUGAUGAUGAAGGCAAUGUGAUUUUCUUUUGAAUGCUGCAGAUUUGGGCACAUGUUACGUGUUAAUACCUGAAGGCACUAACUGACAGUUCUGUAGACUUAGUCCACGUGGAAGGAACAAAAAACUCUAGAUACAUACAUGUGAAUAUUGUGUAUAUACCUUUUGCCAUGUAUAUAUUCUGUACAUCCUCUUUGUUGUAUGGUCUGCUUUUUGCCAAAAGGCUGAACUGUUCCAAGUAACAGCAGAGCACCUGGUAAUUUACAACACAUCGGUUCUGAGUUGUGUGAUGUCUGCCAAAUAUUUGUGGCACAUUUGUUUCACUUGUACUUCAGGAAUUAUGCACUUAAGAAACAUUCCUGGCUGUAGAUUGGUAAGUCCCACAUACUGCUGUUUCUGGCGUCACUCACAUUGUGUGGAAACAAAGCAUCAAGUAAGAAGGCAGAGUAGAGAGACUGCAAUUGUACAAAAUUCAAAUGUGUCCUUUUGUAGGAUGUUGCAUCCUGUAACAGGGUGUAGCUUUAUCACUGCAGAAUCAGAGGGGGCCUCAAGUGUGAAUUUUCUAAACAGCAAGUACACUUUAAGAUGCUUUACCUUAAAAAUCCUGAUUAUUUUUAUCUUGUGUUAUUUUAGUACUUUAGAUAUCACUGGCUGUGGAAUUAUUUUAUCUUGGAAAAGACACUGUAAUUAGAAAUUAAGUUUUUAAAAUUUUUAUUUUACAGUCCCUGUAUAAACUGUUCAUUGGUGUAUUAUUGUAAAGUUAUGUAGUUUUAAAAAAUCAUGUAGUGUUUUGGUAUUUUUAAUUGUAAACUGUGAAAAGGCCCAGUAUUUUAACCCUAAGAGCACUGGAACUUCAGUUGUAACGUUAAAGUACAAAUGUAACGGUACAGAAAGCAAAGCACCUUAAAUUGUGAUUUGUACGACAUAAGGUAUUAUGGGUUCUGUGCGAUUAUUGGAUAAGAGCCUUUGCUAAGUAAGAUAAAAGCAAUGUCAUGAGGUUUUGCUACCCAGGCAGGAUUGUUUGCUCUCCAGUAAAACAUCCCAAAGAGUGCCUUAAUGCAUUUAUGAAAUGGGUAUAAAGGUACAUCCUGGCUAGUUGGGAAUGAACAUUCUUUCUGCACAUUUCAUAAUUGUUAGUAAUGUCACGAGUUAAUAUUGUUAGUAUUGCAGAUUAGAGUCAUGAGUUAAACUUGUAGACUUUUAACAGUCAAUGAAAUGUAAAUUUGUUAAUCCGGUUAAUUCAGCAUACAGUGUGGUAAAUGUUAUCGGUAAUGGCUACAUGAUGGUCUUGAAAAUAAUGUUUUGUGUGUAAGAAGGUUGCCUGUUAAAUGGCUGGAUUUUGUAAACCGUUCCAUACUGAAGCACUAUUGUUAAAUACCAGUUUUCUAGGUAACAAGAGAUUAGCACUUCUGAGUUUAUUUUAUAUAAGGAAAACUGAACAGCUUUCAUGUUUUUCUUUGCUGCAGAUCUCAACUCCCGUCUAAAUUUUCCAUAUUGCAAAACUUGUGAAGUCUUUCCAAAAGCAGCAUAUUUGAUUGGUCAGUUAUGAGUGAUGAUUUCUGGCUCGGUUAUUUACAGACAAAUGCAUCCACAGAACUACUGUCUCAUUGGGAUUGAGUGAUACAUGAAUGUGCUCUGCCAGGAUGUUGGUGUGUUUAGCAUUCCUUUUGUUGACCUGUUGUUGGCAUUGAAAAGUUUAUUGUAUGUCUAAAAGCUGCAGUUAAGGAAAACUUGUCUCAGCAUUCCUUUAAUCUUAAAUUGUAUCAUGUUUUUCACAAUACCAUAAAUGUUCAUGAAACAGUGAAGGGGUGCUAAACAAAUGUACAGUUGUCUUUUUUAUUAUAAACAGAAGAUUUAUGAGUUGGUAUUGUGAUUCUAAUGCAGCAUCAGGAAAUCGCACAAUCUUUGAGCGGCUCUUCUUACUAAUGUAUUUACUACUGUUCAAAAUGAGUACUUCUCACCAGAUGGAAGUGUGUUGAAGCGGUCCUUAUUUUGCAGUGCUGUGGGAGUAAAGAUGCAUUUUCAUACACUCUCUGAAAUUAGGUGUAGCACACAGACUUGUAGCUAAUGUAUGUUGUUUCACACGGAGUCCCCUCCCCUGUCAGUAGACAGCAACCACUGGGAACACAGUAAAGCUGCUUGCUAUUUAAAUGUUUAAAGGGCUGUUGGAAUGAGCUAUAUUAAUUCAUGAAAAUAAGUUUAAAAAAAAUAGGCUUUUCUUGCAUCAUGUGUGAAACGCAGGCUGCCCUCAGUACAUGGAUAGACACCUUUCAAGAUAAUGUUUGAGUUUUCCUUUGAGUCUGAAACAACUAGGUAAACCUUUUUCAAAUAAAGUGUCCUAGCAUUAAGAGUACUAGUCAGGGUAUAUAAUUCCUUGGUCCUGUGAUCUUCAUUACUACCAAUGGUUGCGUCUAGCUCACAUUUUGCCUUAGCCAUCUUGUUAACGUUCCUUAUCUCUCUAGUGGAUUUACAUUAUGAAUGUCUGUCUUUACUUUAGUGGGGAACAGGAUUCCUGAAAAAUGUUCAUCUUGGGCUUGUUAUUGUCAUUGCCAAGCCGGUUUUUAUUGGCUGAUUUAUACGUUUUUCCUUGGGGGGGCAUUUUCCUGCUGUGAUCCACAGACGUGCUCACCGUGGUUUUUAGUAAAUUACAUGAUAAUAGCCCCAGGGUGGUAGUACAGCACUAGUGCACUGCAAGAGGAGGAUCACAUGAUAAGGACACCCUUUCCAGCCUGUAUGGUCUUGGCUUGAUCCCAGAAAUAGGUGCUUGACAGUACAGAUGAUGGAGUCCUCACAAAGAUGUAAUAUUUAAUAAUAAAAGAUGUAAUUUUUCUGUUACAGUUUAAUGAUAGUAGAUAACAUUCCUAAGCUAGAGUUCAUCUCAUCUGUUUUAUCUUUUACUUGUAAUUUUCACUUCACUGUAAACUAUAGUUAUGUGCAAGGCCCUUGUUUAUUUUGUUUAUUUUUACAGCAGCCUGAGUUCACCUUCUGUAAAUUAUAACCCCUAAGUGCUAAAGGCUGCAGGAACUCCUAACAUGGGGUGGGAUAUAUCUUGGCUUCGUACUGCUUUAUUCAUGUAGAGUGUAGGAUAUUGGGAGAGAAUCAGUAUCACACACUGUGAUGCAGGACAACUACAUUCAUAUGUCAUUUUUUAUCAUAACGUGCGUGCCUUUUCCUUAAUGCAAGGCCAAGAGUGUGACAUACAAAGAAAACAUUUUUUAAGUACUUUGUCUGAAGUUUUCUGCAUUUUAUUAUGUAUAGUGAUCAUAGCUUUUCAUGAAGCGAGUUUCUUUUUCGUGUUUGUUACACCAUCUGUAACAUCACAUAGUCAUGGGGUAUAUAUACAUGUCUGACCUUUAUAACCCUAAGAAUGCAAAGGAAUUAGAUUAGUGAUUCUAGCUACUGGGUGCUAAACCAUUUUAUGCUGGCAGAGUGACUAGUCAGCCUUUUUUAUGUUUGUGUUUUCAGUCAUAGAAGAUCAGUUUAAAACCUUAGCUAGAAAACUGUUCUUGGAAUUAGAAUUCUGACUGUGAUCAAAAGCAUUAAAGCUACUCUUUAAAGCCUGACAUUAAAAUGUUUCUUAAAAUGCUGGUAUAAGACAUGGCUGUUUAAGUAGAGGGUGUAUAAAGGUAAACUAAACCUCUUGCCAGAAGUACUCAAAAAAGGAAACCAGAAUAUUCUUCAGUAUCAUUAGAGAAAGAUUACCAUACAAAGUGCUGUUCUCACCGGUGUGCAUGCUGUGCCCCCUUAAAAUUACAUCAGUAGGUAAAACCUUUAAAUGUAAAACAAAAUGUUAGCCACGCCAUUUCAGGGUAUAACAAAUUAGGAAAUACUAACCAUUUACUUAUUCGACAUCUAAAAACUAAAAAAUGGGCUGGUCCUUGAACCCUCUUUUAACAACCACUCAGACCAUGUGUCAAAAUGAUUAUGAAGAGUGAAGCAGAUAGAUCACUACUACAGAAAUGAUCAAGGAUGAUAAAAGUAUACUUUUCCCAUUUUUAUGAAUGGUUGUCUCCUAACAAACUCAUUAUUCUUUUGACCAUCUUCUUUUAAAAGGAAAAAACAAGGAAACAACUAUCUUACACUUGUUGAAGGUUUACCAGUGGAAAAAGGAAGCAGACAAAGAAGACCUCCUCUGGUAUUCCACCACAGCAAAAAUCCACCAGGAUAGAGUCCUGUGCUAUAUGGAUUUUGGUAGCGUUUGCCAAAUCAGACUGAAUCCCUGAAGUGAUGAGCUCUACUCUGUGAUAAUAAGACAUUUGGUUGUCUGGAAGUGCACGGCACUUUUCAUUAUUGCAUAGUGCACAGUCAUGUGGAAAGGUCUGUGCAAGUAUCCGUUAGAUAGCCGACUUCAUUAGAGUGCUAAAAAUGAGGAAGAUGUUUCCUAAGGGAGUCAGUUUGUUAGAGAAGCAGAACAGUGACUUUCUGAAAGAUUCUCUCUAAGAAAUGUGGUGUGGUUUGUCAUGUCUUAAUAUAUUGUCUUCAUCCUAACUUGAAUGAAGAAUGACAAUAUUCAAAACUGUCAUUGUGUUCACAUAGUCAUCCUCUUAGUGUUCUGUGUUGUGCACUAGAAACAGUAAUGCCAUGCAAUAUUAUGUGUUCUUAUGCUGCUAUUAAGUUGUGCCCUUCUAUGCGAUUGCAUGGGAUCUGAAAUUAAUCUUGGAAGAUUGUGCGGGAUCUGAAAUUAAUCUUGGAAACAUGAAUACUGGAGCGUUCUAAAAGUAGUAAAAAAAAUCUUUAACUCAA